AUGGGUGAAUCAGCCAGAACCGGAUGCUCGGGGUUCGGAAGCGUUCGGCUAUGGUCGACAGUCACGUACGCACGUGUCGUUGGUUUGACGUCAGCACAUCUAUGUAGUAGCAGGUUUGAAAUCAGGAAGGAAAGUUGCGUUUUGGUUUGGCUCCGUCAUUACAAACAACCGAUUACUAUCCAGAUACCAUGGACCUAGGUCAUGAGAACCAAGGCUCCAGCAGCUGCCCUGUGUAUGUGCACAAUCCCCACUUGAAGACGAUGAAAGAGGACGUUCUCUACCACUUUAACCUUGGGACCUCAACUCACAACCUGCCAGCCCUGUUUGGUGAUGUCAAAUUUGUGUGUGUCGGGGGAAGUCCCUGGAGAAUGAAGUCGUUCAUUGAAUACAUUGCUGGAGAGCUUGGCUUAGAAGACCCCAAAUCAGAGUACCCAAACAUAUGUGCCGGAACAGAUCGUUAUGCCAUGUACAAAGUGGGUCCUGUCCUCUCCGUCAGUCAUGGAAUGGGUAUACCAUCCAUCUCAAUCAUGCUGCACGAGCUAUUAAAACUGCUCCAUCAUGCCCAUUGUACUGAUGUUACCAUUAUACGGAUUGGUACUUCUGGUGGAAUAGGGCUUGAGCCCGGAACGAUCGUCAUCACCAAGCAGUCUGUGGACGCCACCUUUCUACCCAAGUUUGAGCAGGUGAUCCUUGGGAAGAAUGUCGUACGCAGCACUGACCUGGACACAGAGCUGGCUGAGCAGCUGCUGCAGUGCAGUAACAGGCUCAACCAGUUCAAAUCAGUUAUUGCCAACACCAUGUGCACCAUGGACUUCUAUGAAGGCCAGGCCCGCCUGGACGGAGCAUUCUGCUCCUACACCCAAGAGGACAAGCAGGACUACCUUGCCAAAGCGUAUGCAUCCGGAGUUCGCAACAUCGAAAUGGAGUCCUCCGUAUUCGCUAGCAUGUGUAAACUAAGUGGUUUGAAAGCUGCUGUGGUGUGUGUCACACUCCUGGACCGCCAGAAGGGGGACCAGCUGAGCGGCUCUCAUCAAGUCCUCCAUGACUUACAGCAACGGCCUCAGAUUCUAGUUGGCCACUUCAUUAAAAGUCAGCUAGAGUCCUCAGGGAAAAUCUAAGCUGAAGAUUGUAUUGGGAAAAUCUUAAAGUCUUUGAGUGGAA